AUGGCAGCUAUAGUUGCAGCUGCUCAGGCUGCUACGGCGGGCAACUCAACAGCCGCCUGGAAUUCACAUUAUCAGACCGAUGCCGCUCAAACCUACCUGGAAGGACUCAAUAUGCUCAUUGGGCACUCUUACCUUUGGGCGAUGCUGGGUGUUAUUGCCCUGGUUCUUGCCUAUUCACUGAUCUUACGACUCAAUGCACACUUUCGACACUUGGCAUCCAUGGCUGGUGCAGGUGCUCUUCGGUACUUUUCCAAAUCUUCGCCUGCCGUCAGUCUGGCCAAGAGCAAGAUCCUAUACGCGCCAAUCCUCCACUAUCGUCGGGCACGAGAGAUCAGGUUUUCUCGACAUAUCGCCUUCGGAACUGUUCCAACACGAUUUCAAGCCCUCUUUAUAUUCUCAGUUGCCAUUAUCAAUCUCUUCCUCUGCAUCUGGAAUUUACCAUGGUCGAAGCCCGAGCAGCAGCUACUGCCUAUCCUGCGAAACCGAACCGGGAACCUGGCGGUAACUAACCUGGUCCCAAUCAUGGUCAUGGCCACGGUGAAGAAUCCGUUGAUAUCAAUACUGGGCAUUUCCUACGAUACCUUCAACCUGAUGCACCGUUGGCUUGGCCGUCUGACUAUCUGCGAAGUUAUUACUCAUGUUCUGUGCUGGCUUAUUGCAAAAGUGGACUCAAGCGGCUGGGCUGCGGUGAAGAUAUCAUUGGAGAGCCCUUUCAUCUACAGUGGCUUGACUGCCGCUACCAGCCUCGUACUCAUCUUGUUGUCAAGUCCAAAGAUCAUCAGGAACUUGGCUUACGAAUUCUUCUUGCACCUGCAUAUCGCUCUUGUGGUAUUGGUUCUGGUAUUCUUGUGGAGACACCUUGAGAGUUUACCUCAGAGAGGAUUGUUGCUUGGGGCUGCCAUCACUUGGGCCGCGGCAAGGUCUCUUAGAUUUGCGACGUUGGUCUACAGAAGUGUUGGGAGAGGUGGCACCAAGGCUAAGAUUGAGCCUCUCAACGGUGGCGCAGUGAAAAUCACACUGACAAGCCCAAGGCCUUGGGCUUAUAGGCCCGGCCAAUCGCUGUAUUUGACAAUCCCUUCAAUCGGGCUUUGGACAGCGCACCCCUUUUCCGUCGCAUGGUCCGGUGUCGAAGAUCCGUUGAGUCGAUCAUCUUCGCUCAGAUCAAAUUUCAGCGAAAAGAAACCUGCCAUUCACAUAUACUCCAAAGACAUCGAGAAACGAGGAGAAGAAACAAUGUCUUUGAUUGUCAAAAAACAAACCGGGCUGACAUACAGACUCUGGCAACGUGCAAUGACUGCUGGUGCAGGUCUGCAGCUCACUGCGUUAAUCGAAGGACCUUACGGAAUCGGGCGCAGCCUGUCAAGCUAUGGGACAGUGGUCCUCUUUGCAAGCGGUGUAGGCAUUACACAUCAACUCGGAUAUGUCAAAGAGCUGGUCGAAGGAUACGGUCACGGAACUGUCGCAGCGAAACGGGUGACCCUUGUGUGGGUCAUACCGACUACAGAAUGUCUAGAUUGGAUUCGACCGUGGAUGCACGAGAUAUUGGCCAUGGAAGGCCGGAGAGAGGUGCUCAAAGUUCUGUUGUAUGUCACUCGAGUCACCCUCAGCCAGGUCAUCCGAAGUCCAAGCGAACACGUUCAAAUGGCGCGAGGCAGACCGGACGUGCAAGCCCUCCUUGCAAACGGGGCCAGGCAGAAGGUCGGCUGCAUGGGAGUGAGUGUUUGCGCUGGCGGAGGGCUGGCAGAUGAAGUGAGACGUGCGUCGCGGGCGAUGCUUGACAAUGGAGUGAAUCUGGACUUGAUUGAGGAGGGGUUUGGAUGGUGA